GCAAGGGAGAGUAGAGAGCCUAGACGCAGACACGGGAGAACAUUUUGAAUUCCGACAUAAAAUUUGUCUCUCGCAUAUUUUUAAAACGCCAUAGUUUUUUCUUAAAAAAUGCUGCCAUCGACUUCAAAAUCUGUAGAAGUAAAUGAAAAUUCGGAAGAACCGAUUGAACUGGAAGAGAAUGUAAUAGUAGUCACCGGCGACGAAAUUCAAGCAGAAAUCGCAGUUGUCGACGGAGAGGAAGUGAUCUUUGCGGAUGAUGACGAAUAUAUAGAGUACGACCCGUUGAGUAUAGCCAAUGAUCGGAAUGCUGUGUAUGACAUAUACCAACCACACGAGUCUGAAAAUGGAACAUUCAUGUGUAAAAUUUGCAUGCGAACUGGAAAAAACACGGAAUACGAGGACAGAUCGACGUUUGUAGCUCAUCGAUACAAAUGCCAUGGAAGUUUUAAUAACAACGUAAUGUGUCCCCUUGGAGACUGCCGGGAAGUUUUCGCUUCUUUGUACACCCUUCGACGCCAUCUUAGCCAGCAGCAUGAGCUUCCGAUAGAAAUUCACUUGCAAUCUUUUGUGAAUAUCGGAGAGUUCGAGAAGUUUCGACAUUUGGUCGAACUUGCAUCGGGAUGUAGAUUCAUGAUGCACACAAAACAACCGAAAUAUCGCAGACAGGUUAUGCACUGCUCGAAGAGUGAGCACAAAUUGGUGUUACAAACACAGAAACACCGACUCCCACGUGAAAGAAUGUUGAAAGAAGGAUCAGCGUGCCCCUCAGUCAUCUCAUACCGUGUCGAAUCCUCCAGCGGUGAAGUACAUACGUUCAUGCAGCUCUAUCACAUCGGUCAUGCUCCUGACACAGAAUCUCAGAAUAGCAAUGCAGAUAAUGCUAGACCAAUGGAUAUAGUGUUCCCCAUUAAACCAGCAUGUUGGGCUAAUCAUCCAAUGCAAUAUGUUCAAAUCGAUGUUCAUGAGAUGCCAACUUCAAUUUAUGGAAACAAAAUAUACGACAACAUUCUCAUCGUCACUUGUCUGAAAACACGAUUUUUGUGGGCGAAACCACUUUUCGAGUGCACAAGAACAGCGAUCGGACGAAUUUUGAACUCGAUUUUUAAUGAAUACGGUGUUCCGGAGGGAUUUUCAACAUCAUUCUCGCCGACAUACAUCCGGGAUACAAUAAAAUCAUUGGAAAGUGUGUAUGCUGUGGAAAUUCGAGAAGUUUGGAAUGAACCGCUUCCGUAUAAUUGUCUAGAACGAUGGGUUCUGGAACUAGCUCAAAAUGAGCUUGGAACACGAAACCGAUGGGUAGAACAAUUGCAAUUUCUCGUAAUGGAAUAUAAUCAGAAACCGAUUCCUGAUCGAAUGGAGACGCCAUUCGAACGAAUGUUCAAUAGAAAAGCUCCUAAUUUAUAUCAUAAUGGAGAUAAUCAAGAAAUCAUUCACGACAAGUAUAUUUCUUAUCAUUCAGAAUUGAGAAAUGAAGAGGAAGGUGUUGAGAAUCGAUUGAACACUAGUUUUGAACCUGGAAGAAAAGUCUUUUUACGCAAAGGAAUCACAAAACCAAGACGUGGAAACAACACACAAUAUUAUUUCGGUUACAUUGGAGAAGUCGAUCCAUCAAACCCAUACUAUCCGUUCAAAGUUCACUACACAAGCUCCGAUUCUCCAUGGCCAUCAGAAAGAAACAUCUACGCAUGGGUCAGCGUGUUCGAUCUUCUUCCAACAAUUCAUGAAAUCAGCGAAAUGUCAAUGACUUCCAAGAAAGUAUCAAUUGCUGGACUAUUAUGCUCAUGUAUGGGCAUUGAAUCAUCACAAAAAUAUGAUCUAACUGCUAUGGGAGAUAUAGCUCGAGAAUCGUCGAGAUGCUUGUUAUUCAGAAAUUGUUUAUGUACAAACCAAAUGUCUCGAUUUUGUUGUAAACUUGUUGGAAGAGAGCACUGCAGAUUUCAUUCGGUAUAUCCGGAAAACGACGAGUCUUACGCGAAAAUGGACGCAGCGCUCUCAUCGUUUAUUGCGUAUAACAAAGAUUCCAGUAAGGAAGCUGAGAAGGAUUUACAGGAUUCUACCCCAAUAGAACAAAUAUUAAAUGAAGUUGGACGACGGCGCCUUGAAAGUGAAAUAACUGUCGAAGAUCCAGAAGAUCUGGCUCCACCAAUUCUAGAGCCAAUGGAACCAACAGAAAGACAUUUGGAUACAGAGGAGGAGGAAGAGGAACCAAAUCAAAUUCCAAUGGCCUCCGAGCAUAUUGAUAUUGAGGGAGUCGACGAAGAGGAAAUUAUGGAACAUUCGGUCAAUGCAAUUUCAGAGGAAAUCCUCUUCGAGUAUGCUGAUGAUAAACGAGAUGAUGGUCCUUCCACGCCGAAACGUGGCAGGAGAAGAAAGUCGCCAUCAGAAUCGGCGGGAAAAAAGAAGAAACUAUCGAAUAAUGAUGAAUUCGUGGAAUCUACAGUCUCUAGGCGAUCAUCAGCGAGAAGAACUAUCAGACCAAAAAAUCUAGAUGACUAUGUUGAAUAACUUGAAAUUACUUUAAUUCCUUUUUUAUUUAAAACUCAUAAAUACUUUGAAUAU